GACCGGAAUCAGCUGUCAGUGAAACCUGAUCUAGCCUUAACUGACCUUGUCUCGUUUCGAGACAGUUCUAGGUACACUUAUUUAUUUACCAUUUUUGACAGUUGUUGUAUCCAAAAAAUGGAUAAACAUUCACAACGUGGUGAUCGAUAUAGUUCUAAAUCCAGUGACAGGAAUACCUGGCAAUCUCCAAAGCGUUUCGAAAGGAACCUACACAGUAGCAAUGCCGAACGAAGCACAAAAGACUCGAAGUCAAGGCAUAACUCCCGAAAAAGUAGUGAGGAUUACAAAAAGAAAUCGAAGAAAAAGAACAGGGACAAAUCGCCGAAGCAUAAAAAAUCAUCCAAACACAAAAGUCGAAAAAGGUCAGAAUCGUCAUCAUCAAGUGACUCUUCAUCAUCAAGCUCCUCUGCAGAUUCAACCAAACUCCUAGAGAAGUUACAAAAGCAGCGACGAAAGCAAGAUGAAGAGCGUAAAAAUCAGAAAGAGUUGUUGAAGGCAACUGAGACACCAGAAGAAAAACGCCUUCGGAGGCUUAGGAAAAAAGAAGCCAAGGAACGCAAGAGGAAAGAACGUAUGGGCUGGGAUAAUGAUUAUCUUCACUAUACAAAUACAGAUAAUCCUUUUGGCGAUGGAAACUUACUUUCAACUUUUGUGUGGUCUAAGAAGCUGGAAAAAGAAGGGUUGAUCGGAGUCAGCAGAGAGGAACUGGAAGCCAGAAAUCGACACAAGCAGGAAGAGAACAAGAGAGAGUUAGAGAAAGUAAAAAAGAGAAGACAAGAACGAGAACUCGAAAGGCAGCAACGUGAGGAAGAAAUGGCGUUGCUUCAGAGAGGAAAAGAGGCUGCUCAGCUCGAACAAUGGGCCAGGCAGGAGGAUCAGUUUCACUUGGAGCAAGCAAGACUACGGUCUCGAAUUAGGAUCCAGGAUGGGCGUGCGAAACCCAUUGAUCUUUUAGCAAAGUACAUAAGUGCAGAGGAGGAAGUUGAUGCGGUUGAAAUGCAUGAACCUUAUACGUAUUUGAGAGGACUGCAGAUCAAGGACUUGGAGGAUCUUAUAGAGGAUAUUAAGGUAUACAAAGAGCUGGAGAGAGGAAAGAAUUUGGAUUAUUGGAACGAUAUAACUGUAAUUGUGGAGGAUGAACUGCACAAGUUGAGGAAAAUGGACAGAUCAGAAUAUGAAGCUGCUAUAGGCAGAAGGGAAGGGAUUCAUGCAUCAGUGGCUAAGGAUGUCACUGCUGUAUUCAAAGGGAAGACAGCUACUCAACUGGAAGCACUGCAGCUCCAAAUCGAGUGUAAAAUUGUUGGGAAACCUGAGGGAGUUGAUAUAGGCUACUGGGAGAGUCUUCUGUCGCAGUUGAAAGCUCAUAUGGCAAGAGCAAGACUUCGAGAUCGUCACCAAGAAAACCUACGUAAAAAGCUAGAAGUCCUAAAGGCAGAACAGGGUGUGAUUAAAACCGAAAGUGAAGUAGAUGAACCCAGGGCACCAAGCGAACAUUCGGUCAAACAAGAUGACCAGCCAUCAACAAGCAAUGCAGCGGAUGCGGAAAAAAGCGAUGAAAGCCAAUCUGAAGCCGAAAGUGAAGACCAAAGUGCAGCUGAUGACUUGCUCUCAGAGUCUUUCCAAGAUUACGAAUCGGGCGGAUAUUCGCCUAAAUAUAUGACGCAGUCACAAUUGGAACCUGGAACGUUGGUUACUUUAGAGGAAGAAGAUAAUCAACGACUUGAGUUUGCCCGCAAUCAGGUUCUUAAUACAGGACGCAAGGUUCAAAAUGUGAUUAGCGCGGAGGAACAAGCAAUGCACAGGGAGGCUCGUAAGAAUAUGGGAGCUGAUGAAGCUCAGUUCAGUGUCGAAUCUUCCCUUGAAGCUCAAAUCUAUCUUUGGUCGGACAAAUACAGACCUCGAAAGCCGAGAUACUUCAACAGGGUUCAUACUGGAUUCGAAUGGAACAAAUAUAAUCAGACUCAUUACGACAUGGACAAUCCGCCUCCCAAAAUCGUUCAGGGAUACAAAUUCAAUAUUUUUUAUCCAGAUCUGAUCGACAAGAAUACGACACCUGAAUACUUUUUGACCCCCUGUGCGGACAACAAAGAUUUCGCGAACUUGAGGUUUCACGCUGGGCCACCCUACGAGGACAUAGCGUUUAAAAUAGUAAACAGAGAAUGGGAGUAUUCUUACAAACGUGGUUCCGGUGUCAAUUUCACAACAAUAUUUUCCAGCUAUGGUUCCACUUCAAGCGAUACAGAUACCGGAGAUGAACUAUUGAUAGUGUGGCACAUGUUUGCUUCUUUAAAAUUCGGUAAUAAAAUUCAUGUUAAUCUCCUCAAAUCGAAUUAUCCCGUUACAACCACGAAUUCCCGAAGCUAUAAGCGGUCGCCGGAGCGGGAUGACCGCGAUGACGCCACGCGUGACCUGAUACCUGGAGCCUCUGAUAAGAAUUUCACUUCCGGUUCGAUAACGAGGGCAGUAAAUUCAAGGACGUCUUUAACUGAGGAAAAAAACGACGCAUUCAUCGAUAUGCGGUGGAAGAAUAACCGGGGGCCAUCGGAGUUCCUGCAGUCAGAAAAGACGUUCUUAGUUAUCAAGGACAGCUUGAACGCCCUCAAAGAAAACCCGGGUGAUUUGUACCUAGGAAAUGAAUCGCAGCUGGUGACACCAAGAUCUAAAUCUCAUUCAGCGGCAGCAAACGCCGGCACAUGGCCCCCAAAAAUAAAGAAAAUUCCGUCUAAUUCAGGCUCUUGCACCGAACUUAUUGAGAGACCGAAGACUGCGAACCUUGAAGAGCCAUCAUUCCUGGACCCUAGACUCGUUGAUAAACUCGACAUGUCAAUACUCAGCAAGGAGCUUCUCUUUGAUUCUAUGACGCACAUCCGAACGCGAUAUGAUGUGGUUGAAAGCGUGGGAGGAAUAGCUACGGAUAGAAGUCGAGCGAUGGGAAUCGAGCGGCGUAGGCAAAGUCUGGGGAUACAGAACAUUCAAAUCGCUUCAGGAACCAACAAGGAGUACCGUCUUAGCCGAACGAGCGUCGGGUCGCUGGGCUGCUCCGGGGCAGCUUCGAAUUCAGGGAUAUCAUCACUCGCCAGACAAAAAAGGAAAAGUUUCGAGCCCGUAACUGACUCGGAGGCUUAUCACUGCAGGGACACAUCCCCCGACAUCGCUACCCCUGAAAUAAGAAUGAAGAAGCAAAGCGUCGCACGUAGUCCAGGAGCCACAGCUGCGGGGGUGGGAUUCAACGAAACGAUUACAAAACGAUCUAAUUCUCAGCCUCGUAAUCGAGACGAUAAUAACAACAAGAAAAGUUCAACCCCUAAGGUAUCCGCGCUCGCGGUCAUAGCGAAGAAGAAAUCGUCAAAAACGUCAAUUAAAUCAGAUGUUGAGGUUUUCACCGGUGGUGUAAAAGGUGCACCUGAACCGUGCAAGACCUGCGGAAGGUCCGAUCAACCGGAAAGAUUUCACAGCCAUCCUAAAAAUGCAGUCGCACCUCCGUUAAAAGUUCGCGAUAUUACCUCGAUUCCGAAGCCCUUAAUCAAAAUUGCGAUACCUAAGAGCGUGCAGAAGCCGGUCGCUUUAAAUUUCCGCAGCGAAAAACGCAAAACCAACAAAACAUCCGAUGUACCCGAAGCUCACCCUAAAAACCCGACGCAGGAUUUGCGGGAAAUUUCACCACCCAGCAAAAUAAUUCAAGAUGUACAAAAUCCUGGUCAAUCCACCGCAAACUCCUCGCCAAAAAGAGGACCCCGAUCUGUUACCUGCUACAUCUGCAGCCGUGAAUUUGGAACCGCAAGUUUUCCUAUUCACGAACCAAAAUGUUUGCAGAAAUGGGAGAGGGAAAAUAACGCCUUACCACCUUCCCAAAGACGUUCUACACCCCCGCAAAGACCUACACAGGUGGAACCUGGACAUCAGGAUUGGAAUAAAGCGGCUUGGGAACAAAGUCAGGCGCAACUGCUUCCGUGCUCACGCUGCGGGCGAACUUUUUUACCGGACCGUUUACCCGUUCACCAGAAGAGCUGCAAAACGCCGAAAAGGAUUUUUCCCCAGAAGCUCCCCUUAAAAGAGGACCAGCCCGAGGAAAGUAGGAUACGCCCUGAGAGACCCGGGGGGCAAAUUGCGGGGUCGGAAACUUCAUCCCCAAAAGAAUCUCCAAUGGUAUUUUGUCAGAUAUGUGGACGCAGUUUCGGGAGUAGAAGUAUAAAGAUCCACGAACCUCAAUGUCUGAAACGUUCGCAGGCAGAAAAUGAAGGUCAACCUCCCAUACCCCGACGCAAAAAAGAGACUGCUUCUUCGGCAUUUGGAAAUAAUCCUUCAACGGUUCAACCUCCAAUACAUCUCCAGAAAAAGACGAUACCAUGUUAUAUUUGCGGAAGAGAUUUUGGCACGACCAGCAUCGCCAUUCACGAACCCCAAUGCCUCAGAAAAUGGCACCAAGAAAAUGAAAAACUACCCCCUACUCAGCGGCGUCGAGAGCCUCAAAAGCCGGACAUUGUAUUCACACCCGAUGGUGAUUGCGAUUUCGUUGCAACAUUUCAUAGGAUAUGGGAAAAUCAUCUUAGGUCAUUGAUACCGUGUGGAAAAUGUGGAAGAACCUUCAGCAGUGAGGCCUUGAUAAAACACCAACCCCGUUGCGAUGUGUUAUACUAUCAAAAAAGACUCCUUCGUACGAGAAAAAUGAAGAAAACAUCGAGCUCAAACCACGUGGCACAAUACCAUUAAUAUUGGUAAUCGACGAUACGAUAAGUUCUGCAAAAACGGGUUAAUAAAACAAGUAGUUUGAAAAGUAGCUAGACGCGUCUAUUGGUCAAUCAGUUUUUGUUAAGUUCAUUACAGCUAUUUUAAAUUUCUUUCAGUACCUAAUUGUUAGUGAUGCUCAUGCUUAAAAAUACGUCGAUUUUGAAACACAUCAGCAUUAUGUUAAAAAGUAUUUUAUUCUGGUGAAAUUAUUCGCUCACCAGUGGCAGUUUCAUUGUUUUGUAUAAGCAUGCUAAAGAAUGGUUUUUCCUAAUUCUAAAGCUACUUACAUCACGUUGGUCUAUUUUCAAUUUUUUUCCUCCCAAGUAGUUGAUUUUUCGAACGAAUCAUUAAAAAAUAUUUCACGGAAGUAGAUUGAUAUACUUAUAUGAGUUAUGAUCAUGUUUUCGAACCUUUCUGUAUUUAUUACAAGGUAUCAAAUUAUAAAAUAGGCAUGUGAAUUUGCGGUGUGCAUCUGUAUCAGUAAUUUCACUGUUUUGGUUUUAGAGGUAUAUUUUAUUGUCUAAUUAAAGAUAACAGAAGUUCAUGUGCAACUAUAUGUCUAUUAUACGACUAUUUUGUACAAUGCAGAAAAACCUUGCAGAAACUCAAAGAUUGCCAUGUAAAACGAUGACGUAACUAAGUUCAGACAGAUGAUCACAGCACCAUUAAAGUUAUACAAAAAUCAGUUUGGAAUUUGAUC